AUGGCGGAGUUCGCCAUCAACAACUCGGUGCAUGCCUCGACCGGGCAUACACCGUUCUACGUGAAUGCCAUCAGGCACCCACGCCUCCCGAGUCUACUCGGGAUGGUGGCUCCUUCCUUAAGUGGGGGAGGAUCUACGACUGCAACGCAGCAGCCGCAGAAUGCCGCUGACACUUGCACAGUGUCAGCCGCGACUACGCGCAAGAAGAAGAAGAAGCACGCGUCUGUGCAGAACACAGACGCCGACAAGAGCAAGAAGAAGAAGAAGAUCGGGUCUGUGCAGGGCACAGACACCGCGAAGACGAACGCAGAGGCCGGGCCUACUGCUAGAAACGAGCUGAACUCGUUCAGCUCGGACGCAAUCAACUUCGUGCAGCGCAGACAAGCCGUCAUUCGCACGAGCCACCUAGCUCGGCUGGCCCGAAGCGGAAGCCCCAGCGGGAGCGAACCUCUGCUCCAACGCGUGAACGCGCUGGACCAAGCGUGCGACGCGACCUCCCACGUCGACAGAGAUGUCCGACGCGGUCUGCGAGGCCUGAGCGACUUGAGCCCUCAGGAUCGCCACCUCCUGCUUCAGAGCGGCGAACUCCCGGCUCUGAUGCUGUUCCACAGCAGCGACCCGCUCCUCGAGCGUCGGGCCAAGGUCAACCCCAGGUAG